AUGGCCAUUGCAGUCCUUUUCACCAUCAUCCCCUUAUAUUUUCCAUCUAUACGAUUUUUGCCCAAAAAAGUUUAUGAAUAUUCCUCGUCAUAUAAUUCUAUAGAGGAUUCAAUAAUUCCAACCCCUCCUACGGACUCUCGUUCACAGAAUCACUUCCAGCAGAAAGAUAGUGAACCAUGUUCCCAUGGAGAUGAUAAUUCACAAGCCUGCCAUGGCGAUGAUGACUUGUUGGCUCCGAAAAUAUCAAAAGGGGAUGUUAAAAAACCCUCAAAUUCUAGCGAGCGCGAGUUUUUAGACCCUAAAGAACCACAAGUCUAUGUGGAAAGAUCGAGAAACCCUAUGGAAGGCGACUUACCAAUUGAAAAAACACCAGAGAAGGGUGUGCAGGUGAUCUCAAGCCCGAGCCAACGAGACAUGGUGGCCUCAGAAAGAUCAGAAAAUGGAAGGAAGAAGCCAAGAAGACCUAGAGACAAUGAUGUGGUGACCCCAAAAGUACCAGAAAAAAAUGUUAUGAGACAGCCAAGUGACUCGGUGGCCUCAAAGGUAUCAGAAAGUGAUGAGAAUUGUGAUAUAUUUUCUGGGGAAUGGGUUCCAAAUCCAGAAGGGCCAUACUAUACAAAUUUGACAUGUUUGGCAAUUCAGGAGCAUCAAAAUUGCAUGAAAUUUGGGAGACCAGAUAAAGGAUUCAUGAAGUGGAGGUGGAAACCAGAUGGCUGUGAACUUCCUGUGUUUGACCCAUAUCAGUUUCUUGAACUUGUCAGAGGAAAGUCUAUGGCAUUUGUUGGAGAUUCUGUGGCAAGAAACCAUAUGCAGUCAUUGAUAUGCCUCUUAUCCAUGGUGGUGUAUCCUGUAGAUGUUUCAAACACAACAGACCAAAAUUUCAGACGUUGGGAAUACAUAAGCUACAACUUCACCAUUUCGAUUUUCUGGUCACCCUAUUUGGUAAGAACACAACAAACAGACCCCAAUGACGAAACUCGUCCCUUCAAUCUCUACCUCGAUGAAUUCAAUGAGGAUUGGACACCCAAGAUUGAAGGGUUCGACUACGUGAUCAUUUCUGCUGGUCAAUGGUUCUUCCGUCCAAGCAUGUUCUAUGUCAAACGAAGCUUAGUGGGGUGCCUCUACUGUCUUCAGUCCAACGUUACUCAGAUGACAGCCUACUAUAGCUAUCGAAUGGCGUUUCGGACAGCUUUUAGAGCAAUCAACAGCUUGAAAAACUACAGGGGGAUAACAUUUCUCAGAACUUUUGCACCAUCACAUUUUGAAAAUGGACCAUGGGACAAGGGUGGUGACUGUGCUAGGACAAGGCCUUUUAGGAGGGAUGAGGCGGUUUUAGAUGGUGCAAAUUUAGAUAUUUCUAGCAUUCAAAUGAAAGAGCUAGAGAUUGCACAAAUAGAGGGUACAAAGAGAGGGUUGAGAUUUAGGUUACUUGAUACAACACAAGCUAUGUUGUUGAGACCAGAUGGUCACCCUAAUAAAUAUGGGCAUUGGCCAUUUGAGAAUAAGACUAAUGACUGUGUGCACUGGUGUUUGCCUGGGCCCAUUGAUACUUGGAAUGAUUUCUUGCUAGAGAUGAUGAAAAGGGAGGUUAGGAACCAGACCAAGUGA